CGCGACGUUGGCAGUUAGCUUGACAGUUAGCAGCUCAGCCGGCAGUUAGCAUUCCUGGAGGUUCUCACAGUCAUUUUUUUUAACACUUACUAGUCAGCCAGAGGCCGAAGUUCACAGCUGGUCCGAUCGACAGGUUGCCUCAUCACUUGAGACAUGACGAAGCACGAGUUUGAGGUGGCGAUGACGUGUGAGGGAUGCUCAGGAGCUGUUACCAGAAUCCUCAACAAGCUGGGAGAUGUGAAGUUCGAGAUCGACCUGGAGAAGAAACUGGUUUUGAUCGAGUCUGACAGAGAAGUGGAAGAUCUCAUGGCGACGCUGAAGAAGUGUGGAAAGGAAGUCAAGUACAUCGGGCCUAAAUGAAGGACCCUGCUUCAUGUAGAACAGGAAGUCAUUGCUGCUGAUACAAAGUGAAGAUUUCUAUGUAAUCCCAGUUAAUUUCCUGUUAGAAGGCGUCUGAUGGACCCUAAGUGACUCCUCACAGAUGCUAGCCUCGUCCAGCUUUUACGCACACAAAAAAAGAAGAAAAAAAAACACCCUUUGGAUGCAGAUCUUGUCUCAGUGUCGGCUACACCUGGUGAGCAUGGAGGAUGAUUAAAAAAAAAACCCAAAUGAUGCCUUGUCACCUGAGAAAAAUGGCUAAUUUAUGUGCAAACCUGACAUCCUCCACUUUGUUUUUUGUUCCAUGAGUAGGAUCAAGAGGUGAUAGGGUUAUAAUGUCAGCAUAAUGAUUAACAUACCUAUAUGUUAAGACAAAUGUACGAUUUUUAUUUAUUUUUUUUUUUAAUUUUUUUUUUUACAAAAAAAAUAUGUUUAAUGUCUUGUUUUAGCAUCUAGAUUCGUCUGUUUGAUGAAUAGCGGACAGGGACAAGACAGGGCCAUGCAGUAACUCCACAUUUGUUCUUAAAUAUGAAAUUAAAUCAAUUUUCAGAUACAAAAAGGUGUAACUGUCUGUGGAAAAGGAAACCCUAAAUAUCCAAAACAGGACUCCUGUCAAACUUGCUUACAUUCCCUAGAUAAUAAAGUAAACAGGAAACUAUUGGAUGUGUUUGCUUGAAACUGGGCCGCCGCCCUAAACGUCAUAUAAAGUCAUUCUUCAAAACUCCAUGUAUGAAGUUGUCUGCAGGUCUGCACCGAAGGGGGGGGAACUCUGUCUGUCUUCCUUUUCAGGGACCAUCUCCUGUAAUUAGCUUCAUCAAGGUUUACACUACAGUAAUCUAGCACAACACCACGUCAAAAAUAUCAUGCUCUUAUAGAUUUACUAACAUCCAUCUUUGUUUUCUUUAUUGUAAUUCACUCUGGGUUUGGUUUUUGUUACUUUGAUGGAAAAGAUAAUCUCUUUAUCCUGGGCUUUUUCUAUUAACUGUCUCAAUAUGUUGUGUACACACAGGGAAAAUAAAAUCAAAUCUGCCUCCUGA